GCUAGCAAGGCGAUUGGCUCCUAACUCCGGCUGCUAUUGGCUCAAAGAAACGUCAAUCACUAGAGCCCGCGAUUCUAUUGGUCAAUGCGCUUCUAGGGAAGGCUGUCGGACUUGUGUGUCCUCUUAGCUACAUGCUAGUUACACAGGUGUCGUCACAUGGGACACAACAAGUUAAUGUAACCUGACGGGUGAACUUUCUACAGCCUUGUUGAACCUGUCACCCACUUCUCCUCCUCGCAGUCGGACCAUUCAGGCAGCAAAAUGGCAAAAAUUGGCAGACUCUCCACCAAGGAUACGGUGCUCCUCCUGUGUGACAUGCAGGAGAAGUUCAGGCCCAACAUCUUCCAGUUCACCAAUAUCGUCAGCAAUGCAGCCCGGCUGCUCCAGGCCAGCCGUGUUCUCGGUAUCCCCCCCAUUUUGACAGAGCAGUACCCUAAAGGCCUCGGCCCCACAGUACCUGAGCUGGGAGCAGAGGACCUGAAAGCUUAUGCCAAGACUUCAUUCACCAUGAUGAUAGAGGAGGUGCAGAAGGAGCUGGAAGCUCUGGGGAACCCCAAACGGGCCAUACUGUGUGGAAUCGAGGCACACGCCUGUAUUGCUUGCACAGCUUUUGACCUGCUUGAAAAGGGAAUGGAGGUUCAUAUUGUGGCUGACGCCGUCUCAUCCAGGAGCCAGACGGACCGUUUGUUUGCUCUGUCCCGACUGAAGCAGAGCGGAGCUUACCUCAACACCACAGAGGGUGUUCUGCUGCAGCUGGUUCAGGACGCUAAACACCCCAACUUCAAGGAGAUCCAGAAGCUGUUGGCCCACCCGUCCCCUGACACUGGCCUCCUCGCCUUCUUCAGCAAUAUGUAGGAAGAUCGUAGCCCGUCAUUCUGUUACACAGACCUUCCACACGAGUUCACUGCUUCCCACAUCCCAUUAAAGUGCUUCAAUAAAGAGACGCUGCUGCUUUA